AUGGAGGAGAAUUCAGAGAUAGCGCUAAAAAAUUUGAAGGCGCUGCUGGAAGGUUGCGAUUUUACGUGGGAGGUGAUUUGGAUGAGUGAGCUAAUUGUUCUUGAAGCACUCGAAUGGAAAAUGACACCACUCUCUCCUUUUACUCAUGUCCGUUAUUUCUUCAAUAAAUUCUUUGAUGAACUUCGACCGUCAGAUUGGGUCUUAAAAGCUGCUCUACUUAUGAUGGACGUCACCAGAGAGAUCAAUUUAGUGGAUCAUCGGCCAUCCAUUGUAGCUGCCGCCACAGUAUUAGUAACAAUCGAUCGACUGUUAACUAAAGAAGAAUUGAUGCUCAUGGCUUCGUCUGUUGUCCCAUCAUGGGGGUCUAUAGAAAUUGAACAAUUAUUUUCGUUUUAUAAGAGAACGUUGAUGGCAAGUGUUGAGACACCCACGGCGGCAGUUCCCUCAAAUUCAGCAUCAAUGCAUUCGAGCUUAUUCGAUUUCAUUGAGAGUUCUUCUCAGCCUGUUGCUGUUCGCAUUAAGACAAAACUUGCUUGCUUUCGCAAACCGUCAUCAGAAGAGAAGAGGAAGCUCGUCAUGGUUAAUUACUGGCCGGAAUUUGAUGAUCUUCUUAGUUCUUAG